AAGAAAAAAGGAAACUGGGUCACUGAACAACCCAAUUCCACUUCUCUAUAGAGACUUGCGAGAGAGGAAGAGGAGAGUAUGGCAAGCGUAGACGUGGAGGCGGUGGACUUCGAGGCGGAGGACGACGACCUCAUGGAUGAGGAUUUGGACGCGGCGGCGGAAGGCUCUCCACGAGCACCACUUCCGAAGCUCAAGUCUGCCAUCACUGGUGGGGCCUCAUCCUCCACCCCUAAGAAGACUAAAGGCCGUGGUUUCAAAGAAGAGGCUGAUGCCGACCGCCAGAAUCGGCUAGCAGCACGCGACUUCGACUCUCUCGCUUCCGAUGGCGGUCCUGGCCCCAUGCGAUCCAUUGAGGGAUGGAUUAUAUUGGUGACUGGAGUUCAUGAGGAGUCACAGGAGGAUGAUUUGCAAAAUGCAUUUGGUGAGUUUGGAGAGAUCAGGAAUUUGCACUUGAAUCUUGAUCGCCGCACUGGGUUUGUGAAGGGUUAUGCAUUGAUUGAAUACGAGAACUUUGAGGAAGCUCAGAGCGCGAUAGCUGCGAUGAAUGGUACAGAACUCCUUACACUGACUAUCAAUGUUGAUUGGGCCUUCAGCAAUGGUCCUAGUAAUGGACCUUACAGGAGAAAGAACAUGAGGCCUGCGCGUUCACAUCGAUCAAGGAGUCCAAGGAGGAGAUACUAGUGUAUGACCAUUGGGGAGAUGAAGAAGAACGUCGUUGAUGAAUGGGUCUGUUAUUGCGAUGAAAGCUUGCAGCCAAGCUUGUGCCUCAUUGGAUUUCUUAUAUUUUCUUAGGAUAUUUGACUUACAUGUUAUUUUAUUGCAUUGUGCUAAGCCGUGUCUUCGGAAUUUUUUUUUUUUGAAUUUUAAUGGUGGGCUUUUCUUGUUUAUAGUCAAGGACUUGAAAAGAAUGGUAAUUUACUUACCAAAAAAAAUGAGUUGUAACUUCUGACAAUAUAGCUCACCCUUCCAUUUACAUUGACAUUGUAAGAAUAUUUCGUGUUGGCCAUUACCGUCAAA